AUGGCGCCGAGUAGAGCUGGACGUGGCAGAGGCCGUGGCCGUGGUGGGAGACACCCCGGGGCAGGCGGAAGAGCGCCAUACAAUGCAUCAGCCCAGGCCAUGGACUCAUUUCUUGCCGGAGCAAUGAAAGACUUUUCAAUGCGGGACGAGGCUAGAAAUACCGCCCGCGAUCAUCUGAAAUGGAAUUCUGACGAGCGGCUUCGAUAUCGCCCCGUAACUUUCAUCAGUGCUGGUCUGAUCGAGCCCCUAAAGGAGUUCCAGGUCGAUGACAAGACCGGAAAUGAGAAUGAGAAAGCAGAUGUAUCUCCGGCGGAAACCUCAUCUACGCCGUCCAAAUCUCAGGACAAGUUGAACUCUGCCCCUUCACUACAAACUGACACGCAAAUUCCUACUCCAUCCGUGCAAGACGAAGACAUAAAGCCAGCUUCGAGUCCGGUAAGGGCACAUGCAUCCAGCUCGGUCAAACCAGGUACCUUUGACAUUACCCAUGGUGAUACCCUGUUCAUGCUCGACACUGUGGGCGACAAAACUCUGCGGAAGGAGCCCAAGAAGCCCGUCAAGAUCGAGUUCAAGGAGGACGAUGACCCAGCGGCAGAUGAUACGGACUCAAGUCAUGAAGUCGUUCUGUUUAAGGGGCGAGCAGCACCUCGCAAGCCCCCAGUACCAUCUCAGAGCCGUGUUCAAGAAUCACGCAAGGACAUUGAGCUGCUUGUCAAAACACAGUCUGAGAGGCUACAUGUCUCAGCAACUGUAGAGAAAGUAACAGUUGCGCCGGCACCACUGCCCAGCGAUCAGUCGCUCACCAAUCAGAACUCGCCACACUCUCCGUCACGGAAAGCGGAUGCGUCAGAUUUCGAGGGAGAUAACGAAGACGAUGAAGACGCAGCACUGGCCGACUACAUGGAAAAUAUGGACGGGCUGGAUGACUUGAUUGCACACCACCGGAAAUUCGCAUCUCGAGACAUUGGUGGAAGCGAUGGUGAUGUGGUCAUCGGUGCCGACUCUGACAGCGACGAUUUGAGCGACUCGGAUGAUGACGAGAUUGGAGAUGGGGAAUCUCCCAUGGAUGACCCAAGGUCCGCCGAAGAAGAUAUGGCAGCCGAUAUUGACGAUGCUGAGCUUGCCAGGUUACUUGCGAAGCAAGAAGAGCUUGGGCUAUUCGGUGAAGAGUUGGUGCUGUUUGACGGUGCGGUUUCUGGACGUGACGCACCUGCCCGCCGUCCUCGCCGCAACAAGGCUCGCAGCUCAAAACAGAAAGCAUCAGCCUCUCAUCAAACCGACAGCGCCAAGACUGUUGCCGACGCAUUUGAUGAUCUUGACCUUAUGGACUGGGAUCACAUGAAUUCACUGCGCAAGAAACCCAAGGGCAAGCAUGGCGCACUCAAACUGACCAACGAGGACGCUGAACUUCAAGCGAUCAUGGACGCUACGUACGAAAAGGACCGACUCAAGAAGAAGGAGAGGAAGCGUGAACGCGAAGAGCUGCGUGCCAAGGGACUUCUCGGCAAAAACCCCAAUCCAAACGAUCCAAGGGUCAAGUUUGUGGACGGUAUCAACAUAACAGAGCUCAGAGAAGAGUUCACCAGGUUCCUCCUGACCCUGGACCAAGUACUCACCUUACCCCCUAUGGACGCAUCUGCCCGCAAGGUAGUACACGAGAUCGCCAUGAAGCUAGGGGUAAAGUCGAAAUCUACGGGCAAGGGCGAUCAGCGACGGCCAGUCCUGCACCGGACCAAGACCACUUCGCUCUACAGUAUCGAAGUCAUGGACAAGGCUUUUGCGCGGAUACAUCGGAGGCACUUUCCAAGACUGGACAAGCAGUCAAGGGGAGGGGGUGGCAAUCGGGGCGGCGGUGCUCACGCCUCGAUCAGAUACAGGGACGGCGAGGUUGUUGGAGGGUCUGCUCCAGAGCUUGGCGAGACCAACAAGGGCCGCACCAUGCUGGAGAAGAUGGGUUGGUCCAAGGGUAUGGGGCUUGGUGCGCUGGACAACAAAGGCAUCCUGGAGCCUGUUGCGCACGUCGUCAAGACUUCCAAGGCCGGCCUUGGCUAA